CUGCUCAGUUCACACACCUUCCUCCAUCGACGCUCUCCUGCCUCAAACGCUUAUCCUGACAGUCCCACGGAACUUCAUUCUGAAGUCCUACAGAAUCUCUUUCCUAGAUAUCGCUCAUCUAUACUCUUACAGCUCUCAUUUCCUGAACCCGUGCGAGCUUGGCUAGCAAUCACUUGCUCGCCAUGGACAGCUGGAUGGCACAGCACGCGUACCUGCUCUCCGACGUGUGCUCCGGCGGCGACCUCCGAGGGCUCCUGGAGCGACGCAAGGCCGCCGCGGGGAAAGCCGCGGGGAAGACGUGGUGAGGGAAGGGCAGCGGUGGCGGGGGGAGGGGAGGGGGAUUGGCGGAGAGGGAGACUUUAGAGGUGCUGAUGCACGUGGGCGAAGCAGUGGCGCUCUGCCACGAGCAAGGCGUGGUGCAUCGCGACGUCAAGCCGGAGAAUAUUCUUCUCUCCCGACCAGUUCUUUUCUCGCCCGCUCCCUCCGCCGCUGCUGCUCCUGCGCCUGCUGCCCCCGCCUCCCCUGCUGCCCGGUCCGCGCCUGUCUCCUCCCCGGCUGUCUCCGCGCGCCUGGAGGCGGGGGCGGUGCGGCUGGCGGACUUUGGGUUGGCGGCGGUGGUGGCGGACAAGCAGCGCGGGUGCAGCGCUCCUGCAGGCACGCCCGGGUACCUCGCGCCUGAGGUGCUCGCCCUCUGCUGCCCGCCCUCCGCUCACGCCGCUGCAGCACCGCGGCAGGGAAAGCCACCACCAGCAAGAACAGCAGCAGCAGCGGGGUACGGGUGUGCGGCAGACGUGUGGUCGCCGGGGGUGACGUUGUACGAGAUGAUCGCGGGCGAGCGGCCGUACUCGGGUGACGCGCCUCAGGAUGAGUCGUGGCGGGCGCCAGUGGAGGGGCCCGCGUGGGAGGGCGUGUCGGAGGAGUGCAGAGCGGUGGUGAACGGCAUGCUGCGAGUGCGGGCGGCAGAAAGGCUGACCAUGGCGCAGGGUGCGAAUUGCCAGCAGCACGGGUGCAUGGAGGGCGGGGUGGAUGGGAAGGAACGGGUGACUGCGCUGCGGCUCCAUGUAAGUGCACUGUCGUUCUGAAGUGGCAUGUCAGCAUGGCAGCCAGAGUAUCAUGUGUCAGCGUGAGAAUUCUGCCAGUGUUCCGUUCAGUCCAGCAUUCCUUGAUGGCAUCUCUGGUCAUCCCAGCUUUUUCGAUAGCAUGGUCACAUGUGUGCAUACAUGAUGCGAUAGCCAUGCACAUUGCUUGACUUACUUAAUGGUCCAACCUGAUUGAUUUUAUGAUGGCAUCACCAUUAUGCUGCCAUGAAAUCUAUUCCAUCUCAAGUGCUUGUUGUAAUCUGAGUUUUGUGUACUGCCUGUUUAUCCAUGCCACCAGUGCAGACAUUGCAUGAGUAUGUCGACACAAUACCACUAUUUCACACCACCAACAUCUCACUGCUUUAAACACUUUGCCCCUGUUAUCCCUUGAGUCCAGCCAGCAUCGUUGGGACGCACAGACUCCUGCAAGUCAUUCCUCACCAUGCCGGUGACACCGCACAUGCCUCCUCGUCCUCCUUGUCCUCCUCGUCCCCCUUGUCCUCCUCGUCCCCCUUGUCCUCCUCGUCCCCCUUGUCCUCCUCGUCCCCCUUGUCCCCACAUGCCUUCCCAUCUGAUGCCAUGCCCUUUUGGAAUGCAAUUCCUUGUUCUCAAAUCUGACCCAUCAUAUUCUAUCACAACACAUCCCAACCCAUCGUAACCCAUCCAAAAUUUUCCAAGCAUCCCAUCCACUUCCAUCUCAUCCCAUCCCAUUGCAUCCCAUCCCAUCCCAUGUCACCGCAUCACAUCCAUUCCAUCCAGUGCCAUCCCAUUGUUCCUCGUAAUGUCAGUGGGGUGUUUGCAUUGUCUGUCUGCGAACCACCAGCUGGAUAAUUAUUUUUGCAGAACUGACUCCCGACCGAAACUCUUUUCUCCCAAAAGCAUUUCUUUUCAAGCAACCCCUCUUCCCCUCUGCCUGCCUGGCUCUCAUGCGCUGUGCUGUUGGGUUCGCACCAAUAGAUGGCCGUCCAGCUGCUGCUGCUGCUGCUUUCAGAUACUGCUGUGUGCUGUUCUGCUGUUAUGUCAUGAUAUACCGUAUUUACCCAGCUAAAAGACCCUGGGGUUUUAUCCUGCCCCUGUUUUUUUAUUAAGGGGGUGUGUCUUUUAAUCGGAGGCAAAUGUUAGACAACUAGAAUAAUUAGCAAGAAGUGAGAACAAGGGAGAUAUAGGGUUUGGGUUGUACUCUCUA